AUGCGCAACAACAACAUCAAGAGAAGCAGCCUUUUAGCAGCUGCAUCGCUCCUCGCUGCAGGCCAAGCAGCUAACCCUGGUGGUUAUGAGUUGGUCGGUGAUUCACUCGUCAGUGCACAGAUGGCAUUCUUGGGCCGUGACGGCAAUGUUUGGAUCGUUGACAAGACUGAGAACAAUCCAGCUCAGAUAAACGGUCAUCCUGCAUGGGCGGCUGUCUAUAAUCCUAAAGAUAACACAGCCGAGCCAAAAGAUAUCAUAACAAAUUCCUUCUGCGCCGGCGGUGCUGUUCUCGGUGAUGGCAGAUGGCUCAACGUCGGCGGCAAUCAGGCAGUUACCCACGGAGGUGCUGCGGUCAACAGCUUCCCAGACCAUCCAAAUCCAUACCAAAACGAAGACGGUGGUGCGGCUAUCCGUCUCCUCGAUCUCGCAGGAUCCAAGGAAUGGUCAGAUAACAACCAGUUCAUGACGGGCAGAAGAUGGUACCCAACCGUCGAGACUCUCGGAGGCGGUGACGCUGUUAUUAUGGGUGGUGAUCAAUGGGGUGGAUACAUCAACGGCGAAGCGCAAAACAAUCCAACUUACGAGUUCUUCCCUCCACGCGAAGGCGAUCCAGUUGAUUUUGAUUUCCUCGGCGAGCGCACAAUGCCAAUCAACUUAUAUCCACUCGCUUACCUCCUCCCAUCUGGUAGACUCUUCGUGCAAGCCAUGUACGCCGCGAUCGUAUGGGAUCUUGAUGACAAGUACGAAGCCAAGACUUUACCAGAUAUUCCACACGCCGCUAGAGCUUAUCCAGCUAGUGGUGCUACUGCAGUAUUACCCUUGACUCCAGAAAAUGAUUAUAACCCCUCAUUCCUCUUCUGUGGUGGCCAAGAUAUUCCUCAAGACGGUUGGGGUGACGCUGGCGGACCAGGAUUCGACAUUACAAAGAAAUUGGCUGACACUUCCUGCGUUAAGAUCCAACCAGAAGGCAGUGAGAAUCCAGAGUGGGAAGAAGAUGAUGAACUUCCAGAGCCACGCACAAUGGGUAACUUUGUCUACCUCCCUAAUGGUAAAAUGGUCCUUUUGAACGGUGGUGCCACAGGUUCAGCUGGAUAUGGUAAUAAAACUUGGGCUGUUGGACAGUCUUACGCCGAUGAACCAACCUAUACGCCUCUGAUCUUCGAUCCUUCAGCCCCACAAGGCGAGCGCAUUUCUCGCGAUGGUUUGGGGAGCUCCGACAUUGCAAGAUUGUACCACAGUGUAGCAACACUUUUGGAAGAUGGUUCUGUAUGGGUCUCAGGAUCGAAUCCAAACGUCGAUGUGAUCCAGACACCACAUCGUCAAUGGAACACAGAUUACAGAGUCGAGAGAUGGUACCCAACUUGGUUCAACGAACCUAGACCACAACCUCAAGGAUUGCCAGAUGUCUUAUCAUACGGUGGCGAUUCAUUUGACAUACAACUUUCAUCCUCAGAUCUCAAAGGAAAUUCGGAUAAUCUUGAGAAUGUCAAGGCGGUUGUUAUCAGACCUGGAUUUUCGACACACGCUAUGAACUUUGGACAGAGAUAUCUCGAGUUGCGCACAUCAUAUACGGCAACUUCGGAAGAGGAGGGAGUGUUGCAUGUGGGACAGAUGCCAAACAACCCUAACAUAUUCCAGCCAGGACCUGCACUUAUCUUUGUCACUGUCGAUGGUAUUCCUAGCUACGGCCAUUGGGUAACGAUUGGAUCGGGAGAAAUCGGGCAGCAACCAACCAAGGAGAACUCGCAAUUGCCAGAGUCUAGUAGAGCGGAGAAGUCAAGCUCAAACGCACAAGACAGUUCAAGCAUUCGUCACUACAGCGGAUCAGUCGUUGGUGCUGUGGCUAUCGGAGCACUUGGACUUGUGGCAUUGGUUUGUGUUUAG